AUGUCUUCAGAAGAACCCCAGUCGCUACGAUCCCUCUACGAAGCUGCAGAGGAAAAGCGUCGAGCCUUAGAGAACGCUUUCGAAGCAACAUCCCCCGCCUACCGCUCCGAUCUCGAAGCUGCCCUUUCCCUCUACAACUCGGCGCGCGACCGGAUCUCGGGUCUGGCUCUCUUCUCUCCCAACGAGGGCAUCGAGGACGUUUCUACCACCGACAUCCCUUACCUUCUUCUCGAUGCUCAUAUCGCAGAGCUCGUUCAGAAAACCCCCAACCAAAGCCCUGAUCAACGCCUUGAAGUCCUCGCAAAGUCUCGGGCUGCAUACGAGCGCUUCCUAGCCGCCGUAGACGGGUACGGUCUUGUCCAGGCGCCGUAUGAUCGUGCUCUUGAGAGGUACCGUGACGAACCCGAGAGCUUUGCUGUGGUGGCGACCGCCGAUGCUGCGGCGCGACGAGAUGGCAAGAUUGCGAAUUAUCGCGCGGAGAAGGCACUGAAGGAGAAGCUGGAGAUGUUGCGACGGAACCCGCGAUAUGUAGAGCAAGGCGAUGAGGAGCUUGUGCGGGAGCUUUACAUGACGCAAAUCACUUUUGCAGUACAUUCUGCUCUUCAGGCAUUGGACUCGUUGAAUCGUGAGGUUGAUAUCCUUGCGCAGGCGCCCCGACCACUUGCGCCUUCGUCUACCGAUACACCAUCUACGGAUGACCACUCCUAUCGCCUUGAUCAGCCUCUCCGUCGCCUGCACUCACUUCCUGGUGGACCGUUACUGUCUAAGCAGGGCAAGCCGCUUCAGCCCUUUACGCUGGUAGGUUCGCGGGAUCAGAUGUCACGGGAUGUAUUCCGCUCAGGACACAACUUGCCAACCAUGUCUAUCGACGAGUACCUUGAAGAGGAAAGAAGGCAGGGCAACAUUCUGCAGGGAGGUGUGGAGGAGAAGACGGUGAUUGAUGAGGAUGAUUACGAUGCUGUAGAUCGUGAGACAUACAAGCAACGUGAGUGGGAUGAGUUUGUGGAUCACAAUCCUAAGGGAGCGGGUAACACGCUUAACAGGGGUUGA